UCCCGCUCUCCCUGUUCCUUCCACGUCCUCAGUAAUCCUGUUAGCAGUGUUUUCUCAGUAAUCCUCCCACAGAGCUCAGAUCUCCGCAGGUCUUCACAGCUUCUUCAGCGCAGCUCCGUGCGAUGCUGCUGGACCCCGACUGAGCAACUCAGGAUGUUGAGCUGGGUGGUCAAAGUCGUUCCCCAGCCGCCUGAGCCGCCGUCCAAAAAAGAUGAAGAGCAGAAGGAGAAACCAGCCGUCGCCCCGCCUCCUGCGCCAACCACGCCCCCUGUGGCGGGCCCUCCCACUGUUCAAGAGAAGAAAGUGACGUUUCAGGAUGAGCGUAAGAAGGAAGCUCCAAAAGAUCCGAAAGCUCCAGGUGCCGACAAACAGGAAGCAAAGACCGGCGAGGGCAACAGCGCGGCGUCCGUCUCUCAGCCCGGCGUGUUGACGUGGAUCAGCGGAGCUCUGCCUCAACCUGCGGUCUCACUGAGCCGGGCCACCUCCAGCUGCAGCACGGAGGAAAACGCCACCGGCAGGAAGGGGAUGUUAGCGUGGAUCGCUCAGGGUUUGGAGAAGGUCGUUCCUCAGCCUGAUCUGAAGGUCAAAGAAUCGGCAGCAGCUGAACGUCCCGCUGAGGGAAUCGACAAGGUGGUUCCUCAGCCGGAGAUCCAAGUCCGCUCAAAGACAGACGGCAACGAGAAGACCGAGGCGCCUGCUUCCACUAAAGCCGAAGCUCCUCCUCCAGAAGCCCCGCCGGCCCCGAAACCAGCUGCCGACACUGAGAAAUCCUCCGGAGAAGCCGAGCAGCAGCAGCCCAACAUGAUGGGCUGGAUCUUCAGUGGCAUCGGGCGCAUGUUGCCUCAGCCGGUGCAGAAGCAGGACUCGGGCAGUGGUGAAGUGCAGAGCAUCAGCAUCACGCAGCAGAGGACGGACCUGGUGCUGGAGGACGUGGGACCGGACGAGGACACGGAGGCGACGCGGGAAGUGAACACAGCCAAUCUGCAGGCGUCGAGGAAGGAGAACGAAGAUGCAGAAACGCAAAUGGAUUGGACUCCGCUGAGGGACAGCGCCAAGAAGGAGGCAGGAGAGGCAGUUCUAGCUCACAUGGAGGAAAGACUGCAGCAGGAGCGUCUAGAGGCGGCCCGUGUUGCAGAGGAAGUAGCCAGGAAGGCAGCGGAGGAGGCAGUCCGCCAGCUGGAGGUGGAGCAUUCGGCUAAGAUCAUCAUAGAAACACUGCCAGAGUCCAGCGAGCAACUCCCCAACAUCCUGGAAGAGGAAAACGAGGACGACCCAGAGUGCCCGGUAGACGUCUGUCCAGCUGACGAUGACACUGACGCUCAAGUAGACAGAGUGGGGGCUGCUGCAGGAACAGUCAAACUGCCAACCCUGCCCACUGAAUCCGAACUACCAGAGGAAGUGACUCCUUCAUCCACAGAUGUGGAGCCAGGAUCAGAGAGGCGAGACCUGGAGAGUCCGGUCUCACAGCCAAUCACCCAACAACCACAGUCUCAGGCUCCAGAAGCUCGGACCACCACCACAGAGCAGGGCAACAAAGCAGCAGAAGAAGUUGGAUGUGGAGCUCCGGCUCUGAAGGUGGAGGAUGUGGAUCAGGGGGCGGGGCAGGGGAAAGGCCUCAACAUCCCCCAGAUUAUCACAACCCCAGAACCACAUUCCACUACUGUCCCGGACAUGCCGCUGUCAAAACUCAGCUUUGCUAAUGAGGAGGAUGAUGAGCUGUUGGGGACGGAUCUCAGGACCUGGUCCGGUCAGGGAGACCUGCUGACUGCAGAUGACGAGAUGCGUCCUCUGUCGGCCGCCAGUGUCGGCAGCGUCGUGGUCCAGGACCGUCUGAGCGAGCUGGUCAGGCUGUUCAAAGGUCGAACCGAGCGCCAGAGAGACCGGCUGGUGGACCCGGACGAGUCCGAGGGGGAAAGUCCCACGGCCUCCCCGAGCAAAGCUCCUCCUCCCCCUCCUCCGCCGCCGCCCCCGGGGGAGGAGAAGAAGGACGAAGCUGCCGCCGCAGCAGCAGAAAAAGAAGAAAAAGGAGAAGAAGAAGAGGCAAAGUUCCUCUUUGAAUUCAUGGGAUUCCCGGUAAAAAUUCCCCAACUGCCCAAACUUCCCCCGAUGCCCGACUGGCUCCGAGCCAUCGUGGAAUACCGCUUCCCCGACAGCAUCGACCCGUUCACCGACCUGAUCUACGUGCUCUGGCUGUUCGUCGUGGUGGCGGCGUGGAACUGGAACGUGUGGCUGAUCCCGGUCCGCUGGGCGUUCCCCUACCAGACCGCCGACAACAUCCACCUGUGGCUGCUGGUCGACUACACCUGCGACUUCAUCUACAUCGCCGACAUCCUCGUCUUCCAGCCCAGGCUGCAGUUCGUCCGCGGAGGAGACAUUGUGUGUGAUAAAAAGGACAUGAGAGAAAACUACAUGACCACCGAGAGAUUUAAGAUGGACGUCAUCAGUCUGUUUCCCAUGGAGAUAUUUUACUACUUCACCGGAGUCAACUCUCUGCUGAGGUUCCCUCGUCUGCUGAAGUACAUGGCUUUCUUCGAGUUCAACGACAGAAUGGAAGCCGUGAUGAAGAAGGCCUACAUCUACAGGGUGAUCCGAACCUCCACAUACCUGCUCUACUCUCUGCACAUCAACGCCUGUCUGUUCUACUGGGGUUCGGACUACGAAGGACUGGGAUCCACCAAAUGGGUCUACAAUGGGAAAGGCAACGCUUACAUUCGUUGUUACUACUUUGCCGUGAAGACGCUGAUCACCAUCGGGGGGCUGCCCGACCCCACCACCGUCUUCGAGAUCUGCUUCCAGCUCAUCAACUACUUCGUCGGCGUCUUUGCGUUUUCUAUCAUGAUCGGUCAGAUGAGAGACGUGGUCGGCGCGGCGACAGCCGGUGAGAACUACUACCGGGCCUGUAUGGACAGCACCGUCAAGUACAUGAACUCCUACCACAUCCCCCGAGAGGUCCAGAACCGCAUCAAGACCUGGUACGACUACACCUGGAAGAUCCAGGGCAUGCUGGACGAACAGGAGCUGCUGAUUCAACUUCCCACUAAGAUGAGAAUGGACAUCGCUGUGGACGUCAACUACGCCAUCGUCAGUAAAGUCGCACUGUUUCAGGGCUGUGACAGACAGAUGGUGUUCGACAUGCUGACGAGGCUGAAGUCUGUCGUCUACCUGCCUGGAGACUUCGUCUGUAAAAAGGGGGAGAUUGGCAGGGAGAUGUACAUCAUCAAGCAGGGGGAGGUCCAGGUGGUGGGCGGUCCUGACCUGCAGACGGUGUUUGUGACCAUCAGAUCCGGCUCGGUGUUCGGAGAGAUCAGUUUGUUGGCUGGAGGCGGAGGGAACCGACGAACUGCCAACGUGAAGGCGCACGGAUUCGCCAACCUCUUCAUCCUGGAUAAGAAAGACCUGGCAGAGAUCCUGGUGCACUACCCCGAGUCCCAGAAGCUGCUCCGCAAGAAGGCCAAGAAGAUGUUGACGAAGGACAAGAAGCCGGAUGAGAAGGACGGAGGCAAAGAGGUGGUGCAGGUCGUCCCGCCGCGACCGGACACGCCCGAGAUGUUCAAGGCGGCGCUGAAGGUGGCGGAGCAGGCGGGAAUAGAAGGAACCUUCGUCAAACUGAAGAAGGCCUACAGGCAGUCCGAGGCCGCGGCAGAGGCUCGGUCCUCCAUCUCUCCGCUCCCUCCUCCCUCUCCGAUGCACCGCCGCUCGCCGGUCCCCGUCUUCCCGGCGCAGGACGACAACGACACGGUGGCGGAGACGGCCGACAGCUCGGUCGUCAUCAGGAUGACGCCGCGACAGGAAGGAGAGGAGGUGCUCACCGUGGAGGUGCUGCCCACGGAGGGAGGGGGGGGGGAGGAGGAGGAGUGAUCCCGCCUGCCUCGUGUUCCUCUGCUAUUCACUGAUGGAGUCCCUGUGCUUCCCAGAAUGCCUUUCACCGAACACCAGAGAGGGACUAUAAGAAUGCCCCAGUGCAUUCUGGUCUCACAGACGGUUCUGCUUCUUCUUCUCUGGUGGUUUUUUCUCUCUGUUCAAUCGUUAAAAGAUGGUUUUCUUUUCCUCCUUUCGUUAAAUGAUGAUUUAAGAAUUUGAAAAUAUAGAGCCAAAAAAACAAAAACAAAAACAAACAA